AUGCCUAUUGAUCUCAGAAAAGCGCUCAAGACGGACGAUCCCAAGUGGGACAAGCUCAAGCAGGGUUACAAGAAGGUCGAAACGGGCGCUUGGAACGCACUUACACCCGUUGGCAAUUGGACCAACCGCACUGCUGCCAAGUUUGGCGCAGAAUCUUUCUGGCCUACCGAGCUUGGCCUCGAAUGUGACAAGGCAGCAAGGAUUCUGCGCACCUUCACGACGAAAGGUGCUUCAGUAGAAGUGGAUGCGACCAACGUUGCCGGCCUCAGCGACCAGAAUUCGGUGAUACCGCCCUCCGCACCCAAAGUCGACGCCAACGGCAAGAAGAUUAAGGACGAUCACAAGUAUGACAAUCGAAAGACGCAAAAGGUGAUCCGUAAGAUUCCUCCCAGUGUUCUACAGAAGGCGCAGGGAUUGGCUGUAUUCACCGUGUUCAGAACUGGCUUCGGGUUUUCGGGUGCAUCCGGUUCAGGUGUCGUCCUCUCCCGUCUGCCUGACGGAUCGUGGUCUGCACCUUCAGGUAUCCUGGUCCACACGAUAGGAUAUGGUCUCCUCAUUGGACUGGACAUUUACGAUGUCGUUCUGGUUCUCCGUAAUCAGAAGGCCGUAGACGCGUUCAAACAUCCCAGAUUAAGUCUUGGUGGCGAGCUCUCCGUUGCCUGCGGUCCUGUCGGCAAUGGCAAAAUGCUCGAGUCAAGUGUAGAUGCAGCACCAUGCUGGUCGUACUCCAAAUCGAAAGGCUUCUACGCUGGCCUCCAGCUCGAUGGGUCCAUCAUUUUGAAGCGAGAUGACGAAAAUGGUCGCUUCUAUAACUCGCCAGGCAUCAAGGCCGAACAUAUCCUAUCCGGCCAGCUUGCAAGACCUGCUCCAGCCGCGGUCAUGCCGCUGUGGCAGACUCUCUAUGCUGCAGAAGGUCGACCUAAUGUGAUGGGUAUCGAUCGCAUCCCUGAAGGUGCUACGCCGGGCGAUCUCGAAUUGACCGAGGAGGACAUGAAAGAGGCGAACAGGUAUGCAGAGCAGGAAAAGCAGCAACAGCAAUAUGGUACCACGGUAGCUCCGGUCGGCGGCCUUCAUCCUCAAUCCUCUGUUCCAACGACUGCUUCCGGCACUGCUCAUCCGACAGCACCGGGCUCCGGCGCCGUUCCUUCUACCCAGCCUUACGGAGAUCUUCCACCUGAUUACGAAUUCGCAAAUGCUCCUGUCAAUACUCAAGGAGGCAAGCAGUCCAACGAUGCAGCCCCAGCUCUGACCUACCGAGCUCCGUCUAGCAACGACCCUCCCAACCCUUUCUCUCAUCCCUCCGACCGUCGCGCUGGAGCUGCUGCUUCGUACGAAUCUGCCGAACAAGAAAAGGCAAGAUUGCUGCAGCAGUACGGCGCAUCGUCCAACGUCGGCGUUACAGCUGGCUCUGGUGUCGGUGCCACUGGAGGCACAGCCCCAACAAUUCCUUCACAAGCCCAGGCCAUGUACGACUUCCACGGUCCGGAGCAAGGCGACUUGUCUUUCAAAGCUGGCGACAUCAUCCAAGUGACCGGCGAGGAAGACGAGAUGUGGUGGCGUGGCACGCUUGAUGACCGCUCCGGUAUCUUCCCAUCGAACUACGUAUGCGCUUUGUAG